AUGCAAAUUAGUGAAAAGAUAUUACUUAUUAUUACAGCUUUAAUAACAGCAGUAGCUGCAUUAUUUUGUGUAAUCGCUUUGGGUACUUCAAAUUGGACAGGUAUACGCGGUUUAUAUUGCAGUGAUUGUCCGCCAGCAUCAGCUGGUCUUUCUAUCAUUGCUUUUAUCUUGUUAAUUAUUGCUGUUAUUAUUCUUAUUUUAUUGGCAUUACAAGUUUUACCUAAUUCUCUUCGUUUUAUAGCUUUUAUAGUUCUUUUUCUAGCAACUACAUUUACAUUAUCAUCAUAUGCAGCAUAUUUUGAUAGAUCGACUGGUUAUUCAUUUAAAUUAAUGGUUUGUGCUCAUUUUCUAUGUUAUAUAGCAUCACUUUUUGCAACAUUUUGGCUUGGUGGUUCAUAUGUAGCAAGGGUUGUAUCACCGGACAUUCCAUAG